AUGCAUAUGGAUUUGGUUGGUCCAAUUCAAGUUGCUAGCUUAGGAGGAAAGAAAUACAUUCUUGUCUUAGUAGAUGAUUUCUCACGUUUUACUUGGGUCAUUUUUUUGCAUGAUAAGACAGAAGCCUUUAAUUCCUUCUAUGUUUUGUACAAGCUAAUCAUGAAUGAAAAAUAUGACACUAAUUCUUGUAUCAUGAGACUUAGGACAGACCACGGGAUGGAAUUUGAAAAUCGUGCCUUCUCUGAUUUCUGUUCUGAACAAGGAAUAAAACAUGAAUUCUCUGCUCCAAUCACUCCCCAACAAAAUGGGGUAGUUGAAAGGAAAAAUAGAGUCCUCCUUGACAUGGCUCGUGUCUUGUUAAAAAGUGCCAAAUUGGCGGAUCAUUUUUGGGCUGAAGCCAUCAGUACUGCAUGCUAUACAUCUAACCGUGUGUUUUUCAGGCCACAUACCAAGAGCACUCCAUAUGAAAUCUGGAAAGGGAAGAAACCAAAUGUCAAGCACUUAAGGACUUUUGGUAGUAAAUGCUACAUUUACAAAGACAGGGAGUAUCUUGGAAAAUUUGAUGCAAGAAGUGAUGUUGGAAUAUUUCUUGGUUAUUCUAUGAAUAGUCGAGCAUAUAGGGUGUUUAAUAGUCGCACUAAAAUAAUAAUGGAAUCAGCUAAUGUGGUUGUAAAUGACACUUCUAUAUUGCAGGUUGAACCUAGGAGUGAAGAUACAGAUAUGGAAACUCACGAAUCUGCAGAUGGUACUGAAGCUGACUUCGAGGAUUGUAACCAGCCUAUCAAUCCUGUGAUACGCAGACCUGGUGCAAAACAAGUUCAGAAAGAUCACUCACCUUCAGAUGUUAUUGGGAAUGUUAAUGAUAAAUUGAGAACUCGACAACAAGUCUGUAAUGAGGUAACCAAUUUAUGUUAUGUAUCCCUUAUUGAACCUAAGAGUGUGACAGAUGCUCUUGCAGAUGACGACUGGAUUCUGGCUAUGCAAGAUGAAUUAAAUCAAUUCGAAAGAAAUGAUGUGUGGUAUCUUGUUCCACGUCCCAAAGACUCAAAUGUAAUUGGUACCAAGUGGAUCUUUCGAAAUAAGACAGAUGAGAAAGGACAAAUUAUGCGCAACAAAACUAGACUUGUUGCCCAAGGUUAUUCUCAAAUUGAAGGUUUGGAUUUUGAUGAGACUUUUGCUCCGGUUGCACGUUUAGAAUCUGUUCGAUUGUUGCUAUCCAUUGCAUGUUAUCUUCAGUUCAAGCUUUAUCAGAUGGAUGUGAAGAGUGCGUUCCUAAAUGGAGUUUUACAAAAGGAAGUCUAUGUGGAACAACCUGCAGGUUUUCAAGAUCCUAUCCAUCCCAAUCAUGUAUAUCGUCUGAAAAAGGCUCUCUAUGGACUCAAACAAGCCCCGAGAGCAUGGUAUGAUAGAUUGUCCACACAUCUUCUUCAAAAAGGGUACACUCGUGGUAGCAUUGAUAAGACCCUCUUUGUCAAAAGAACCAAACAAGAUUUAAUGGUUGCUCAAGUAUAUGUGGAUGAUAUUGUUUUUGGAUCUACUUCAGACAUCCUUGUCAAAGAAUUUCAUGAGGUUCAACAAUUCAAUGGAGGCAUGUUCAUAUCUCAAACAAAGUAUGCCAAAAAUUUGGUGUCCAAAUUUGGUCUAGAAUCUGCCAAGCCCAUUCGAAAUCCUAUGAGCACAAGCACCAAACUUUCCAAGGAUUUACAUGGCAAAAGUGUAGACCAGAAAUUAUAUAGAAGCAUGAUUGGCAGCUUGUUAUAUUUGACUGCCAGUAGACCUGACAUCUCCUUCAGUGUUGGACUUUGUGCUCGCUUCCAAUCCGAUCCCAAAGAAUCACAUCUACUUGCUGUGAAAAGAAUUCUCCGCUAUGUGAGUGGUACCACAAACUUUGGUGUAUACUACUCAUUUGACUCAAAUGUUGAACUUGCAGGCUAUUCCGAUGCGGAUUGGGCUGGGAGCAUUGAUGAUAGAAAAAGCACAACUGGCGGAUGUUUUUACAUAGGCAACAACCUUGUCUCUUGGUUUAGCAAGAAGCAAAAUUGUGUCUCUCUCUCCACGGCCGAGGCCGAGUACAUCGCUGCUGGGAGUUGCUGCACACAGUUGUUAUGGAUGAAACAAAUGCUCAAUGACUACGGCAUUCGGCAAGUGGAAGAGAAUGUGCUCUCACUUGAAUUUGUUUCUACUGCAAAACAAUUAGCUGAUAUUUUCACAAAACCUCUAGACAAUCUACGGUUUGAAACCCUUAGACAGUCAUUAGCUCGUGCAAGGAUUGUUAGGCUGCAUCAAUCCUGUAGUUGUCUGAACGUAUUAGCUGAUCUUAGAUUGGACUCUGUCUUGGGUGGCUGUACUUUUUGUGCUUCAUUGAAAGGAGUUCACUUCACACUUUUGCUUCCUGAUGGUAGACUCAUUUGGUGUUGUUUAUCUUUCACCUUGCAUGUGACAACAAUGGGUCUGCUCCUACUGUCUCGUCUUGCUCACUUACCUGGCAUAUUAGGUCAUCUUCUUCCUCAAUCAGAUUCGAUCUCUCUUCAGCCCCCAUUGCUGUCACCCAAGGGUCACGGCGUCUGCUACUUCGUGUCUUGCUCUGUCGCAUCACCAUGGUCACCACACGGAGCCGUCGUACCUCCUCAUCUGCUGCUACUGAUCACCGCCCCUCCCGCUCCGUGCGCCCGCCGAACUGCUGCUUCUCCUUCCUCGGGUGUCACGCCGACUGCAAGCCCAUCACGACCGUCCUCCUCCCGGCGCUCGCUCUCCAGCACAACGUCUCGUGCAUCCCCUCAUCCACCGGCCUCCCACUUCGUUUCUCCGGUGUGUGCUACUCGGUAUACAGAUGUAAUCUGUCAUCGUCCUCUGUUGAUCGAAGAGGAUUUCGACCUCUCUAGUUUUGGCCCCACUUUUGUUGAUUUUCUCACUAGGCAUCGUCUCUUGCCAUUAGUUCGUGGGUUGCCUCUACCGAAUUUUCAGAUCGUUCGGGAGUUUUAUGCAAAUUUUCCUAAUGUAUCUGCUGCCUCUGUUGCAUUGUCUGGGUUUGGUUGUGCGUUUCCUGAUUUUCUUCCGCGUCGUCAGCUGGUGAAUCGCCUCUAUGUGUCUCCACCGGAGGUGCUCCCCACUGAACUCUCCUCUGGUAUGAUGUCUCAGUGGACCCGUACUCUGUAUAUGCUUGUGCGAAACUGUCUGAAUCCCACUUCUCAACAUGGGAAAGUGAGUUGGAAAGCUGCUCAUAUUCUCUUCCAGCUAGUGAUUGAGCAAUCUGUCAGUGUUGAGUUCUAUGUUCGUGAAAGCCUUAUUGUCGCUGGUGCUGCCAAUGCCACAGUUCCGACAUCCAGUCUUGUUUUUCCUCGGAUUAUCACUGCCUUGGCCGCUCAUGCUCGUGUGCCUGCCCUUCCUACAGAUGAUAUUGGCUCAUCCGACUCCCUCAAAGUCAACAACCAAGUCACUUUACACCGCAGCGAUGCUCACUGUACUUCUGGUGGUUUCUCCAUCGAGCAACAGGCUCUUUUGGAUUCACUCUCUGCCUCCCAUCAGGUGACGCAUGCACUUCUUCGUCGCAUCUGGAAUCGUCUUGACACCUAUAGUGAGCUGUUGCUAUCUGUUGCUGGGCACAUUCAGCCUACUGCUCCUCCCCGUUCUCCUCGGGCUCGCAGCAUCUAA